AUGGCGAUGGAGUACUCUUCAUUGACAAUCAUCUCCUCACAAAGGAGGUAUCAACUUACAUGCUUUAAUGCUUUCUGGCUUCUGUUUCUCUUCACUGUCCUCUCCACAAUCUCUGUCUCUUCUUCUACAACUCCACCCUCUUACUCUGAUCACUGUGAUUCAAUUGUUCCCAAGUCCACCCCAACCGAUCCCGACUACACCACCUUGCCACAUCUCCUCCGUAUACCCAACGGUCGCUACACUGGUGGUGACAAAAUUCUUGUUAACACCUCGUCUGAUCAAUUCUACUUUGAUUACGCCAAGUGUCUCACCUUUCGUACCACCCGAAAAGUUUAUAAAACCAAAGCAAGUGGUGUUUAUAAGAUUGAGGCCUACUUGACCUUCUCCCAAUCUUACUAUCAUGAUUAUCGUUCUGGGAGAGGUCCACUGAAAUUCCUAUUGAAUGGAUUCGGGUCUGAAUCUUCUGGGAAGCUUUGCAUGCUGGGGUCGGCAUCUUGGCACACAAGAGAAGGUAACUCUCUCAAACUUGACGCUGUUCUUCAGCUUAAUUUUGCCAAGAAUGCAACUAUCUUUACUAGUUUGGUUAAUGGAACAUUGGAGAUUUCAAUAUUGGCUUUCCCUUGCAUGAGUUACUACAAUUAUACAUUGGUUUCGAAGGAAUUAGAUAGUGGGUUCCCUGAUGGAAUUGAUAUUCCACAUAAUCAUUCUCUUGGAUUGCAACCGGAAAGUAUUUGUUCAACGCACUCCAGGCAAUUGCCGCAAUUCCCUCCAUUUAAGUUGGAGUAUGCCAGCGAGUGCAAUUCUUCACAUAAUUGUACUCCUUUUGGCAAGGAUAUUGGGUAUUUGCCUACUUUCAUGUCCUUUUCUGAGAUUCAGUGUUCUGAGCAUUUACAAAAGUUAAGGUAUCUGAUAGAUUUUUCAAAUAGAAGCUAUGGGCUUUAUAACCAACCUUUCAAUUCCAACACGACGUUGGUUGCAGAAGGAUCAUGGGAUGGAAAGAAGAACCGGCUAUGCAUCGUUGCUUGCCGGAUCUUGAAUUCCUCUGAUUCUUUGGGAAAUGCUCGUGUUGGGGAUUGUUCAACUAGGUUGAGCUUGAGAUACCCCGCAGUCUGGUCAAUCAAACAAAGGGGUAUUGUUGGGCAAAUUUGGAGUAACAGAACUGUGAAUGAUUCUGUCUACUUCCAUAGGAUCAGUUUUGGAGGCUUUUCCCAUUACAUGUUGGGUGUUCCUGGUUUGGGGUAUGAUUACACUGAAAUGGAUAGAGUAAAAAAGUUAUGCCCAGUAAAGAAGCCUUUUGAAAACAAAGGGCUGAGAUACCCAAUUGCAGAUUCUUAUCAGAUGAGAUUCCGCAUGUCGGUAAAAGAUUCAAAAGGAAGAAGUUCUUGGGGUUCUGCAGACCCCAUCUCUGUGGGUGAUCAGUUUUAUGAGCAUGGGAAUGUUAUUUUCGGUUCAAGCUCUAUGGCUGACGAAAGCUCUGCAUUUGAGGUAAAAGAUUCAAAAGAGAUUCAUGUGCCCCAAAGUAAGGUUCACAAGCAUAAUAAGUGA